AGGUACCUCGCAGAAGCAGUCUUCCCUCGCAUCAUCCGCCGGCCCACCAGUCCACCACCUCCGCCUCCUCCUCUGCCCCUCCGCCGCCUCGUCCCCGACAAGGCCCCGUAAACCCUAACCCUAAUGGCCUCCGCCGGGACCACCAGGCCCUCCCCCUACCUUGUCGCCGGUUCCUCCCCGGCGGCCCGCCGCCACGUGGCCGCCCACCGGAUCCGCGCCUUGGCGGCGGGGACGACAGGGGAGGCGGCGAUGGACGUGGUGUCGGAGGCGGAGCUGCGGGAGAAGGGUUUCAUGGGGAUGCGGAAGACGAAGCUGGUGUGCACGGUGGGGCCCGCCUGCUUGGAGGCGCUGCCGGCGCUGGCGCGCGGCGGGAUGCGCGUGGCGCGGGUCAACCUCUGCCACGGCGGCCGCGAGUGGCACCGCGCCGCCAUGCGCGCCGUGCGGAGGCUCAACGAGGAGGAAGGGUUCUGCGUCUCGCUCAUGGUCGACACCGAGGGCUCCCAGCUCCUCGUCGCGGACCACGGAGGCGCCACCUCCGUCAAGGCCGAGGAUGAAUCAGAGUGGCUAUUUACAAGUAAAAAGACUGAUGAAGCCCAUCCAUACACGAUGCAUGUGAAUUUCGAGAAGUUUUCUGAUGGCAUUCUGGUUGGUGAUGAGCUUGUAAUAGACGGUGGAAUGGCAACAUUUGAAGUUACUAAGAAAAUUGGAAAUGAUUUGCGCUGUAAGUGCACAGACCCAGGUUUGCUUCUUCCUCGAGCCAAGUUAUCAUUCUGGAGGAACGGAAAAUUAGUUGAAAGGAACUUUGGCCUUCCUACAUUGUCAGCAAAGGAUUGGGCAGAUAUCGAAUUUCUGAUAGCAGAAGGAGUUGAUUGCAUUGCUCUAUCUUUUGUAAAAGAUGAUAAUGAUAUAAAGCAGUUGAAGGCUUACUUGUCCAGAAGAUCAUUAGAGCACAUCAAAAUUUUUGCGAAGAUAGAGAGUCUGGAGUCUCUCAAGAACCUGAAAGACAUCAUAGUAGCAUCUGAUGGAGUUAUGGUAGCACGUGGGGAUCUUGGAGUUCAGAUUCCUCUGGAACAGAUCCCAGCCAUCCAAGAGUCAAUUGUUACUCUAUGUAGACACCUGAACAAGCCUGUGAUAGUUGCUUCUCAGCUUCUAGAAUCAAUGGUUGAAUAUCCAACACCAACUCGAGCUGAGGUGGCUGAUGUUUCGGAAGCAGUGCGGCAAUAUGCAGAUGCUGUGAUGCUAUCUGCAGAGUCAGCUAUAGGUGCAUAUCCCCAGAAAGCUCUAUCUGUCCUUUGUGCAGCCAGUGAGAGGAUGGAAUGUUGGAGCCGUGAGGAGAACAUGCAGAAACUUCUUCCACAACACCAGCUUGCAAUUGCUCUGCCUGACCGAAUCUCAGAGCAAAUUUGCAACAGUGCUGUGGAAAUGGCAAACAACCUUGCUGUGGAUGCUAUAUUUGUUUACACAAAGCAUGGUCACAUGGCAUCGCUUCUAUCACGCAACCGGCCAAACCCUCCCAUAUUUGCAUUCACUGAUGAUGCCAAUUCAAGAAAGAGCAUGAACGUCUACUGGGGCGUUAUUCCGCUGCAUCUACCGUUAUCAGAUAGCAUGGAAGAUAACUUCAAGAAAACCAUCAGCCUCAUGAAGUCAAAGGGUUCUGUGAAACCUGGAGACACGAUCUUGCUGGUCUCAGACUCCGAUCUAAACCGACCUUGUGCUGCCGCCUCUGUGUUCCAAUCCAUCCAGGUCCGGUUAGUGGAGUAAACUAGACAAAAUAGCUGUUCCAGGAUAUUGAUUGCUUUUUACAGUACAGGGCUUGCUGCAAAUGUAUUACUGUACCAAACUGCAUAACUUUUAUGCCCUCCGUUCUUAAAUUUAUAACACAUACAUUUAAGACCGGGGGGGAGUACAUUUGUUCCUGAAUUACAUGUCCCCAUUCUUCAAUAAGGAGUUAUCUGACUGUUAUAUAGUACAUGAAAAAUGAUUAGUUACCUUUGUGUGUUGAAGACUCUUUA